AUGUAUCAUCUUGUCUUUUCGCUUUUUAUACUUUCAAUUAUUGGCAAUGGUGUGUAUAUGCAUAUAUGUCUUUGGGCACCGAUGCAACGUAGUACAUUCGAUAUUUCAGCACCAGGCGCUCAUCCAUGUUAUCGUAAAAUAGGACCAUGUGGUAAUAUUAAUUCAACAUCAUCAUCGCCACGAACAUCAUUAGUUGCUGGUAGCAAAUAUAAAGUUGAAUUUCAACAAAAUCUUAAUCAUUAUUAUACAGUUAAACCAGGUGCACUUGAUAUUUCAUUUGCUAAUGGUCUUAAUCCAUCGGAAAAUGAUUUUCGUGUACUUCAUUCAUUUUCUGAUUAUAAUGCAAUGAAUCAAAUAACACAAACAAAUUUUUCCAUUGAUAUUAAUUUACCAAGUGAAGCAUGUGAUGAAUGUGUUUUACGUGUUCGUUAUUUAUCAAAUAAUCCUGAAGAAGAUGAUCAUGGAACUGUUUUUCAUCAAUGUUCAGAUAUUAAAUUAACACAAUCAUCAUUAAAUAUGAUAAAAACUGAAGAAGUAGUCGAAAAUAUUAAACAAGAACAUAAUGAAGAUCCACAUGAUUGUUGUGCACCUGAAAGUUAUACAAAUGGAUUUUUUCAUGUUAUUCCUGCUAUUGAUUAUCGAUCGGAAGGUAUGAUAUUUUAUGAUAAAACAGUUCAACAAAUGCGUGUUAUGGUAUCUGUUAAUGGUGGUCGUGGUAAUUCAACAUAUGAUGGUGUAUUUGAUAUGUGGAUGAAUUUUACAUCAGGUUAUCAAUAUUAUUAUAAUCGUAAUAAUGGUACUUGUGAUCUUUAUGGUUUAGAUUAUUGGAAUGAUUGGUGUUUUGGUAAUAAAUAUAAUCAAAGUGAAGAUUUUGUUGCUGCUGAUAUUCAAUGUACAUCACCAUUUGGACCAACUCAUAAAUGUAAUCAAUGGCGUAAUGGAGAAUUUCUUUUUGAAACUUAUGCCCAAAGUGAAUGUUAUCCAUCUAGUAUAUCUCGACCAAGUGGUGAACGAAUUGAUUAUAUAAGAGGAAGUCCAAAUCCAAUUGCACCAGGAACUUUCGUACCAAAUCCUAUUUGUCUUAAACAAACAAAAGUUAAACAUGCAUCAACACGAUGGAUGAACCUUCAUUUUUAG